AUGUCCGACUACAACAAACAGACUGUCGCGCAGCUUCGACAGCUGCUCAAGGACCGCGGCAUUCCUAGCACUGGACUCACGCGGAAAGCGCAGAUCGUAGAGAAGUUGGAGGAAGCAGAUGGCGCUGGUGCAGAAGCUUCAGAUGCGCCAACAGCGAACGAGAAUGUCGCAGAUGCGCCGCUAGAUCCUGUCGGCCCGGUCGAACCAGAGGCAGGACAAGAUGCGCAGACAACUCAAUCACAAGUCCCGGGGCCUGCACUUUCUGAUGCUGGAGGUAUGCGUACAAUGCUUUCCGUGGUGCACUGGACAUUGGCUAAUGCGAUGGCAGAACCAAAAGAGUACUUGUCGCGAGAGACUGAACCCACAAUACUUCCGCCAACCUCAGACCGGCUACCAGAGAACGUAUCACACAUUGAUAGUGAUGAGCCACCACCGAACACGAUCAAGGCAAUGGAACACUCGGCCGAGGACUCGACAAAUGCAGAAGAAGCGAGCACCAUCCAGCCUGCAGCAGUCUUCAGUGCGCCGCCUGCAGAUCCUGAAGAUGUUGUGGGACCACGAGUCACUGAACCGGCCGACGAAGAGUCGAAAGUGGAAAAACAAGAAGUCUCCGAUCCUGAUGAGUUGCCUGAUGCGCCUGGACCGGCUGCCGAGGCGCUGCAUCUGACGCAGCAGGACUCUGAUUUGCCAGAAGAGGUCAAAGAUACGGUAUUGGAAGACAAGGUCAAGAGCGAGCAGCCGUCGGUUGAGGGAUCGGAGCCACUUGCAUUGCCAGAGCAGUCAACGCAGACGUCGAGACUAAAUACAGAGGAGCUCGAGGCCGAUUCGAGAAAACGCAAGCGAAGAAGUGGUUCACCAGAUCAGCCUCUGCAAGACAUCAAGGCGAAGAAACAUCGGCCGAUUCAGGAUCCAGCGCCAGAGGUCCAUCUCAAGGAAGAUGACGACGUCGUCAUGAGUCAGAGACAGCCUGAAGAAAGUGAUGCUGUGACGGGAAUAGAUGAGCACGCGGACGCCAACCACGAUCUGCCAGCAGAGUCCGAGUCCCCAACCACGCAUCUGGACACUAAGCGCGAAAAGAAAGAGAACACCUCUCGAUACAAGGAUCUAGUCAAAUCUAACUCAGAUGAUCGGCCAAUUGAGGCUAUAACAGACGACAGGCCCACCAUUCCUGCCCUCCACCCAGUAACAUCUGCCCUCUACAUUCGUAACUUUAUGCGGCCUCUACGUCCUGAGCCGCUACGCGCCCACCUAAUUUCACUUGCCUCCCCACCAUCAAGCUCACCGGACUCUUCGAUUAUCAAAUCACUCUUCCUCGACGCGAUGAAAACCCACGCCCUUGUCCUCUUCACCAGCACGACCGCUGCAUCCCGUGUCCGCGCCUCUCUCCACGGUUCCAUCUGGCCACCAGAGGGCAAUAGGAAAGAACUCUGGGUUGACUUCAUCCCCUCCGACCGCGUAGAAGCCUGGAUCAAAGAGGAAGAAGACGCCAUCCUCGCGGACAAAGAAGCCCGAGCAAGCGGCCGCUCUGCACCCGCAAAGCGUUUCGAAGUCGUCUACAGCACAUCCGAAGACGGCGAAACAACCGCAAAUUUCCAAGAAGUAGGCUCUAAUGCGCCGGCCAACGCGCCCCGGGGUCCCCGCGCCAGCAUUCAUGUACAUGGCGGCCCGUCUACCUCGCUCCCUACACCCACAACCCUCCCAUCUGCAGACCCCACCCGUCCAGACAUCACCGCGCCGUUCAAAACCCUAGAUGAACUCUUCGCUUCCACAAUAGCCAAACCGCAACUCUUCUACCUCCCUGUGUCUGACGAGAUUUCCAGUCUCCGCCUCAAGGAACUCGAUGCGGAAACAAGUCGGGAUUGGGUGCCGGACGAGACGAGAAAGGGGAGAGGUAUCAAGAUGGAGGUGAAGUAUAAGUAUAGUUUUGAUGAGGAGGAUAGGAUGGUGGAGGUUGGGGUGGAUAGAGGGCCGUGGAGUGAGGGGUAUGCUACGCGAGGGGGACGGGGGAGGAGAGGAGGAGGGAGACGGGGUGGUGCUUGGAGGAGUAGAGGGGAUACGUGGAGAGGAUGA